GCAGCACCAAACCGGCACCACCCCCGCAGCAGCCUUUAUUCGCCAGCCACAACCACCCCCUGUCCCGGUGGCCCUUCCGCCCUUGCUCCAGCGCGUCCACUCCCCAUCUCUCUCUCUCGCUCUCUGCGCUCGCCACGCGAGCCACAUGGCUCCCGCUACGGCAACCGCCGCGUUCACUAGCCUCCUCCCCGCCGGCGCCUCGCGGCUCCCCUCGGCCGCCGCUGCCGCUGGAGCGGCGGCCUCCUUCGUGCGGCUCCCGCGGCACCCGACGGGCUGGGCUGGGGCCUCCGUCGCGGCGCCGAGGACGGCGCGCAGGCGGGCGCCCGGGGUCGCCUACGCGACCGCCGCCACGGAUAAGAGCAUCUACGACUACACCGUCAAGGACAUUGAUGGAAAAGAUGUUCCUCUUAAAAAAUUCAAGAAUAAGGUGUUGCUGAUUGUUAACGUUGCUUCUCAAUGUGGGUUGACAACAGCAAACUACACUGAAUUAUCUCAUAUCUAUGAGAAGUACAAGACUCAAGGACCGGUCAAUGCCGUGGGCAAAAAAGAGGGUGAGCAUCCAAGGAUCUCAUAUCGUGAGCUUGUCGAUGCGACGGAUGGCUUUUCGGAAGUGAAUUUGAUUGGGAAAGGAGGAUACGGACAUGUCUACAGGGGUGUCCUCCAUGGCGGGACAUUGAUCGCCGUCAAAGUCCUGCACCAGGACCAGGUCGGCGGCGAGGUGAUCGCCGGCAGCUUCGAGAGGGAGUGCCGGGUGCUCCGGAGCAUCCGGCACCGGAACCUCAUCCGCGUGAUCACCGCGUGCAGCACACCGGACUUCAAAGCCGUCGUGCUCCCGUUCAUGCCGAACGGCAGCCUCGAUAGCCUCGUCCACGGGCCUCCCGGCGGCGGCGGCAAGCCGGAGGGGCCGCGCCAGCUGGACCUGGACCUGCUCCUCAGCGUCGCCAGCGACGUCGCGGAGGGCGUGGCGUACCUGCACCACCACGCCCCCGUCACGGUCGUGCACUGCGACCUCAAGCCGAGCAACGUCCUCCUCGACGGCGACAUGACCGCCGUCGUCUCCGACUUCGGCAUCUCGAAGCUGGUGGCCACGGACGCGAGGGGUCCGGAGAAGGGCGAAGCGUCGACGUCCGGAUGCAGCUCCAUCACUCGGCUGCUGCAAGGCUCCGUUGGCUACAUUGCACCCGAGUACGGCUUGGGAGGCCGCCCUUCGACGCAAGGCGACGUGUACAGCUUCGGGGUGAUGCUCCUGGAGAUGAUCUCCGGGAAGAGGCCGACGGACGUGAUCGCCGAGGAGGGGCACGGCCUGCACGAGUGGGCCAGGGACCGCCGCCUGCAGCGCGACCUGGACGCCGUCGCCGAUGAGCGCUCGCUGCUGCCGCGUGAUCCGCCGUCGGUGCUGCCGUUGGGCCUGCCGCCGGGGCGCGAGAUGGAGGACGCCGUCGUCAUGGAGCUGCUCGAGCUCGGCGUUGCGUGCUCGCAGCUUGCGCCGUCGAUGAGGCCCGCCAUGGACAACGUGGCGCACGAGAUCGCUUGCCUUAGGGACGGUACGUGGAGGAAGUACAGGGCAACCGAUCGGAAGGCCAUUGACCAGAUAAAGUCCAAGAAACAUUAGUAGACUGGUAAUUCGCUACUUGAAUUCUGUUAAUGAAAUACGUGUUCAGGCAGUGUUGUAGAAGCUGUAAUUGUAUGCCGGACCUGGUGUAUGGGCACCAUGCCCUUUUGGCUUUGUACCAGGCCUGUGCUUGAUCCAGUUAUACGGGUGGUAACGGAUCAAGCCUAGUGGCCACUUCACGAUUCAA